UGGUCUAUGGAGGUUGGAUAAAUGUACAACAUAAAUGUGCAUAUAGUUUAGUUCAGGAAUACGAGGAAAGCACAAACAGAAGCCAAGGUGGUCGUCAACAAGCAAGAGGCAAUACAAUAUAAGGUCAGCAAGCAUUAACUAAGGACUAGAUAUAAAUGAUUCAAUCUUCCAUUACCAAACAUCAUGCUCCCAAGGACCACAAUCAAAGCAAGCCACUUUUAUUACUUUUUAAACAUGGAUCCAAGACAUUUACUCUGCACCAUUCACAAUACAUUUAAUUUGUCUGUCAAUAUAUUACCAAUCUGGGGUUUUCUCAACCUAUCAUGAUCAGAAUGAUCAACACCAACCAAAGUCAUAUAUUAAGUUUUUUUUUAUGAGGCUUAUCUUGAUGUUUUGAAGAGAAGUUGGAAAAGACUUGGCAACUUUUGGAAGAAUCUGUAGUGGAUGCAUGUGCCACCCCCUCAUCAUAUUCUAAACUGGCCCCCAUGAGAAGGAUGCAAUAUUAAAGAUUUAACUAUGAAACCUAGCUUUUUAGGCUAUUUUGACAAGGACCCACUUUUUAAUUCCUAAAAGUGUUGGUAAGUUUAGAAAGAAAUAACUAAAAGAGUAAGUUCUAAGAAUUGAUAUGAACCGAGAGAUAUCAAUCAUAUAAUAUACUUCAAACUAGACAUGAUCGAUCUUGUUUGUGGAGUGAUUCGAAUCUCAAUCAAGUGUUCUUGCCUUGUGAUAUUCAAUCAACAAGGUAAUUUGAAUCUUACUCUCCUGGUAGUGAUUCUUUAUUUUAUCUAGAAUUGUCUGUCGUUUUUGUUAAAAGAUAGGCAACUAAAUGCUCGAGUUGAUUGGAUAACGAAGAAAGGAUGAAAAAAGUGUGGGGGAGAAAGGGAAAUCAAAUGGGUAAGAGUUUGUCAAUCUUUUCAACUAAUGAAUUCUUCAUUCAAGUGGUUAAAGCUGUGGAAAUCAAAAGAAAUUUGUUUGGUUUUUUUUUCACCUGUUCUGUUUGACUAAGCCAAAGACACAAGGGGGAAAAAAGGAGAAGGAAAAGAAAAGGCAAUGUUGACAGAACAAUGUGGCUGCAGGCCCAUGACACAAGAGAAUCUAUCCUCUCUUUCUCUCUUUUCCUUUGUGGUUAUGAGAGCAAGAAUGUCUUUUUCUUUGUAUACUUCCAACCCACUAAAAACACAUUCUUGUCAUUUUCAUUCUCAUAUCAAUUCUCAUUGUUCUUUGCGCAUUUGGAGAGCGAAAGAGACAGAGAGAGAGAGAGAGCUAAGAAUGGAAGAGGAGUUUCAAGGAAGGCCAGCAGAGUUACAACUGCAAUGCUGCAGUGCAAGGAUCAUGUCACCGGAGAUCGUCGAGAUUGGAGACGAAAGUAAGACUAUUAUCAGUAGCAGUGACCGUGGUGCAACCGAUGUCUAUGUCGCCGUUGGUAAAGAUGAUAUAGAUGUGCUUAAAUGGGCCCUUGAUCAUGCUGUCUCACCUGGUUGUUGUGUCUUUCUUAUCCAUGUUUUUCCUCCUCUCACCUACAUCCCUACUCCAGUUGGAAGAUUAGCAAGGAGUCAACUGAGCCAAGAACAACUGAGAGUGUACAUCAAUGAGGAAAACAAUAGAAGGAGAAAUCUCUUGCAAAAGUACAUCCGGUUAUGCACUGACGCCAAGGUGACAGUGGACACAUUACUUCUGGAGAGCAACACGACAUCCAAAGCAAUCCUUCAACUAAUUCCAGUGCUCAACAUCACCAAUUUAGUCAUAGGAACCAAAAAUCCACUUUCCACAAGGCUAUUGGGGAAAAGAAUGGCGAAAGGAGAGUUUGUGAAAAAGAAUGCACCAGAAUGUUGCGAGGUUACCAUUGUUUAUGAGGGCAAAAAGGUCGAUGAGCGUCACCAGGAAAUGGGGUUGCUUCCUUCUUCUCAAAACUCCGGUUGCCGUCGCCGGCGCUCCGGCAAGAACUUGUUCGAGUGUGUGUGCUUGUUCAGCAGGUCGGGAAGCGAUUAAUGGGUUCUGUUAAUGCAAUGAACAAGAUGAAGAAGAACAAACGAAGAGAAAAGAGAGAGAAUCACAAUUUUUACUUACUUUUUGUUUGUUUGAAUCCGAUCAAAGCCUACAGAUAGCCCAUAUCAGCUGGCUUGUAAUUUAGCGGCCGCCGCAAUUGAAAUGAAAUGAUUUAUGCAUAGACAUUGUCGGA